UAAUUGCCAAAUAGUGAUUGAAUGUGGAACAAUGAACAGCCCCAAGGAUCCUUAUCGCGGCGGAGGCGGGGGCCCCCAGGACGGCGGUCCAUCGGCGGGCGUGUCCAUCAGUAUCGAGAGUGACGAUAAUGACUCCACCACUGCGGAACACGACUAUCUGCUGCCCACAUCCUCGUCGUCGGUGACCUCAGGAGGUGGCGGCGGACAAGGUGCUGGAGGAUCGGGUAUUCCUGGGGGAUCGGCCAACACCAGCAUCAACCUGGAGCACGGCCAGGUACCCACGGUGCGGAGCAGCAGCCUGAGCGGCGGCAACAACAGACACGGCAACAUCCUGUCCACCUUUUUGGCCCGACAGCGAUCCUAUGCGCCGGCCACCAACAGCAGUUCCCCGGUGCGGGUGACCACGCAGAUGAACCGCCGGCUCCAGCAGUCCCGCAGCAUGGGCGCCAACACGGGCGGCAGUCUGGAGGAGCCACCGAGCGCCGGAGCAGCCGGUGGCCCAGGUUCAUCGUCCGGAACGGCAGCGGGUGUCCGGCAAAUGGGAUUCUGGCGUGUCAAUCUCAACGAUGUCUUCUCCCUGUCCACGGCCCCGUCGACGGAGGCCCUGCGCUCCUUCAUUACACAUUCCAAUUUCAGGUAUCCAGCAGCUGCUGCCGCUGCUGGUCCUGCUUCAGCGCAACCAGGAACUCAGCCAGCCGCCAAUCCCGUAGACAACUCGCACAUACUGCUCAGCCAGCAGCAGCAAUCGCUUCCGGAGCCAGUAAGUCCUCUGCGAUUCAACCGGGUGGGCGGAGGAGCUGGACCCACUGGAGCUGGAGCCAUGGGCAGGAGCAUCUCGCUUCGCGAGGGAGAGAUGCGGCACAAUCACGGCCUUAACGGAGGACGGCACAACGCCAGCAUGAUCGGACUACACAGCAAUCCGGUGGCCUUUGUGGAGCACGAUCUAAAUGAGAGCGAUGUUCUGGGCAAUGGCGAUGGCAACGGGGAAAACGGAGGAGGAGCAGAUGGCAAUGCCCAGGUAGAGCCCCCGGAGAAUCAGCCAGACGACGAUCACCUCAUCUCAGACGACAUGGUGGUUCAAAUUCUGAGCCACUUUGUACGCUACCUGCCGCUGAUCUUCAUACUGUUCAUCAAAUUUAUACACGACCACCUGCUGGGCAUUGUGGACCUUCUGGUGCUGCAGACGGUGAUGUACAAUGUGAACCGAUUGGUGCGGAAUCAGGUGGCCCGGCUGGCCCAGAAAAACUAUGCCGUGAUGGUGAGGGAUUCCUGCCUCAUUGUGGUAGUUGUUGCAGUGCGUUUGUUCCUGGCCACAGCCCCGCCAGAUCCCUUCGGUCUGAUUGUGCCGCCGCCCAGGAAAUACUUCAAAAUGGAGAUCACAGCGCUGCCUUAUCACACGAGCUCCGAGGGGGACAAGCUGCAGAAUGGCAAUCCCACGACGUCAUCGGAGAGCCUCAAGGCCUCAAUCUCGACGGACACGUACGAUGCCCUCAGGGUGAUCCCGCUGGGCAUGUUGCUUUACUACAUUGCUGUGAGCGAUCUCAUUAUCAAGCUGCUGACAAUGCUGGUCAAACUUAUAAUUACAAUGAUGCCGCACCAUAUGAUGAGAACCAAAGUGCGGGCUCGUCUUUACGUGCUGGUGGAGUACAUUUCUCAGUUCUACCGGGCGAUGACCCCCAUUACCCAAUGGUUCUUGUUUCUGUACGAGUCCUAUUCGGGCCUGGAGAUCGUGUCCGGAGGACUUUUUUCUGCUCUGUACCUGGGUGCCAAGAUAUUCGAGCUGGUGGAGCGCGGCAAGUCGCUUAAAAAAGCGAUUGUGACCUUUAGGAAGAAUAUUGACUCUGAGCGGGCGCCGACCAAAGACGAGUUGGAUGCAGCGGGCGCCCUGUGCCCCAUCUGCCAUGACGCCUUCAACACACCCAUUGUGCUGGAGUGCGGCCACAUUUUCUGUGAUGAGUGCGUCCAGACCUGGUUCAAGCGCGAGCAGACCUGCCCGAUGUGCCGGGCUAAGGUCAGUGACGAUCCAGCCUGGCAGGACGGCAGCACCACCUUCUUCCAUCAGUUGUACUAGCUGCGCCACCAAAGAAAUUUCCACGGAUUUCGCGUGUACAUAUAGUCGCUAGCUAGCCUUUUGUUUAAUAAAACUGACAGUUAUUAAUUAUUACUACAAGA